UUAGAUUGAAAAAUCAUGUGAUUCUGUCAUUCUGUCACAAGCGAAUCCACCAACACAAAAGUUACCAAAAUGUCAGAGAGUGAAAAGAAACCACUGUUAGGGACAUCUGACGAAGAAGAUAAACUAACAGGAUGUGGAAAAACACUUUGCUGCAACCCGUUCAGAUUUUUACACAGAUAUUUGAUUUUGAUUAUCAUGUGUUUCUUAAGCUUUGGCAGCUACUUUUGCUAUGACAACCCAGCUGCCUUGCAAGACACCAUGAUAAAAGAUCUGAAGAUAUCUGAAAGUGCCUUUAUGGGAUUUUAUUCCUGGUACUCAUGGCCAAAUGUUAUACUUUGUUUCUUUGGAGGUUUCCUAAUAGACAAAACGUUUGGUGUACGACUUGGAGCAAUUAUUUUCAGUCUGUUUGUCACAGCUGGUCAGGUAGUGUUUGCAAUGGGGGCAUUAGUUAAUAAAGUAUGGUUGAUGGAUGUUGGAAGAUUUAUCUUUGGAAUUGGUGGUGAAUCAUUAGCUGUGGCACAAAAUACAUAUGCUGUGAAAUGGUUUCAAGGGAGAGAACUUAACAUGGUGUUUGGAUUACAACUUAGUUUUUCUCGUGUGGGCAGUACAGUGAAUAUGAACAUCAUGCAGCCAAUAUAUAAAUUUGUCAGUAACAGUGGACAUAAAGGAUAUGAAUGUUUGGGCAUUGUUUUAUUUAUAGGUGGUAUAAUUUGUAUCUUAUCACUCAUAUGUGCAUUAGCUUUAGGAUAUUUUGACAAAAGAGCAGACAGAAUAUUGCAAAGAAAACAGCUUACAUCAGAAGAAACAAUAAGAAUAACAGAUGUAAAAGAUUUUCCUGCCACAAUGUGGUUGUUAUGUAUUAUUUGUGUCAUGUACUAUGUAGCAGUAUUUCCAUUCAUAGGCUUGGGUUUAGUAUUUUUUGAAAUGAAAUGGGAUUUUGAUCCUAGUCUAGCAAAUAAUGUGAACAGUUUAGUAUACAUCAUAUCUGCUGUAGCUUCACCAGUGUUUGGAUUUUUGAUAGAUAAAACUGGGAGAAAUGUUUUCUGGGUAAUUCUUGGUACAACAGUAACCAUUGGUUGUCAUGCUUUAUUAGCAUUCACAUUUAUUAAUCCAUAUGUUGCUAUGAUUACAAUGGGAUUUGCCUAUUCUGUCUUAGCCAGUGCUUUAUGGCCAAUAGCAGCACAAAUAGUGCCCAACAAUCAACUAGGAACAGCUUAUGGAAUAAUGCAAGCUAUACAGAAUUUAGGAUUAGCAGUAGUAGCUAUUAUAGCAGGUGCAAUAGUAGAUUCUAAAGGAUAUCUGGUGUUAGAAGUCUUUUUUCUGGUCUGUCUCUGUGUUGCUUUGAUAGCUGCUGUAUUGUUAUAUCUCUUAGAUGCUUCCAGAGGUGGAAAACUAAAUAUGAGUGCUAAAUUGCGUCAAAUAAUGAAGGAAGAAGCAGACAAAGAAAAGGAAAAAGAAGAGAAGAAGCCUUUAUAAAAGAAUAGAAUUGUUGAAAUAAAGAAACUGUCAAACCAAUGUGCCAAAAAAACAUUUUGAUAUAACAUUACAAUAUUAUAGAACAAGGCUGUAUCUAAGUUAUCUCUCUUGUGUGUGCAAUAUAAGAUAACAUGACAGUAUUUAAAAUUUGUAUUAUACCUUGAUAAUAAAACAGUAGGUGAGCAAAGGCCUGUAAUUAUGAACUGGUUACCAUGAUUGUGAUGUAUGUUUCUAUUUGCCCAUAGUAGAUAAGAACAGACAAUUCUUGUAUUAACUUUCGUAGUUCAAAAGAUUUAUAGUAAAAGGAAGAUACCAUAUGUCCCUUAUUUUAGUACAUAAAGUGAGCAAUGAAAUUAAAUUUUACAAAUAUGUUAUUAAUUCAUAUCAUAGAUCAAUUACAAGCAAGUUUUGUAAACACUUGAGUUUUAUGCAAAAGUGAACAUAAUUAUGAAAAUUGUUACUGUAUUUUUCUUAAAAACAUUCCUUCAUUUAAUUUAAAGUUAUUUGGAUACUGGUAAUAAUGUAUGUCAAGAAGGGCAGUUAUGAAUAGGUGCUGUAACUAUUUACAGAUAUUUAAAGGUGCUAUACAAGAUUAUUUAUAGUAGUAAAGAAAAUUGUUGCUCAAAUUUACUAAAGCAAAUGGCAAAUGUUCAUGCUAUAGUAUCCAUUACUACAAUGUAUUAUAGAAUGACCCCAAAAAAUAACAGUUGCAUAAACAAAACAUAAUUCCUUAUAACACACUACUCAACACGUUUACUGUAACAGCGUUAAUUGAAUCUUGAAAAAACAAAAUUGCAAAAAAGAAUUAAAAAAAAGAUAUUUUCAAGAUAAAGAAUGCAGGAGUAUUAAAAUAGAUUUUGCACAAUUUUAAUAGUUUCAAAACCAAAAGGAGCUAAAUAAGAUAAUAAAUUACACUUUACAUGGUACAUAGAAUCAUUUAGUCUGUCCUACACAAUUUUGUGCUGCUUUGAGAUACACUUUAACAUUCCAGGUCAACAUGUUGUGAUUGUAUAAUACUGCAUUUAGCAUAAGACCUUUAUCAUAAUAAGUUUGGACAUAGUGACCAAAUCAGGUUGUUACUUUCAUUAUAUUACAGUUGUAGAUUUGUAAAAGAUUGUAGGAACUUUAUCCUUUAAACAACGUUUAACUGCAAAAAAUAUUAAGUAUAUAGAUUUAAGUAAUUUUUAAUAAAAAAGAUAAGAAUGU